AUGACGCCGUUGAAAGUGGAUCAGCAGCAGGACUCAAAGGAGAUCUAUUGUGACGUCAUGCGAUCGAUCACUCUGUCGGAGCCACCCGACGUCAGUCUCCUCGUCUCUCUAAACAACGAGCACUCUCGUCUACUCAGCGCCUCACCCCCCACAGGGAGUUGCGAGAGCCAGAAUGUUGUCACCACACCUCCCCCUUUCCCCACCGGGUCCAGUCCGGUGAAGAUGAUUUGUCCCGAAUGUGGGGAUUACGUUAAAACCGAAGUGCGACAAGCGCCCACUUUGAAAGCUAUUGUUGCAUGUUCAAUUAUGAUGGUUCUUUUUCUAUGGUGUUUUUGCUGGAUCCCGUUAUGUAUGAAAAGAUGCAAAGAAGACGUUCACAUGUGUCCGAAAUGCGAAUUUGCUUUCAAGUACGAUAAAAGAAACAAAUGA